AUGGCGGUCAGAUUCCGACAAUCGUCCCAGCAGCUUGCGCUUUGCGCCAGGCAGGCUCUCCGGACUGCCACCCGGCCCGCAUACCGUGCAUCCCGCCUCCCCCGCGCCUCCCUCUCGUCCGCUCGCCAGCUGCCCACCUCGAGGCUCUACUCGACACAAUCGACCGAGAAGCCCGAACCCAAGAAGGAUGACGACAACAGCUCGCCCAAGCCCGAGGAGAAGGAGGAAGACUUCGAGCCCAGACGCCCCUUACCCCCAGGAUGGGUGCGCAUGGAGAAGCAGGACCUGAAGGAUUUCGACGCUUUCAUACAGAAGGCCUCGGCGAAGACCGGAAUCAAGAUUGAGGGCCAGGAUGUUAUCCUCCAAGGCAUCAAGCACUACGGCUGCCCACAAGAGACGCGAGAGCUUCUCAAAAAGUGGAUCAGUGGCAACAUCACCAUCUUCGAGCAGCUCAGAUGUAUGAAGGCUCUGGUUAUGCUGGCCAAGGACCUCGGUGAGCACGAGGUCGAAUACAUGAGGAGGAACCCUAGCGCCAAGUCUAUUGCCAAGGGGCUCAAUGACAACACCUUCACUUCGAACCAGCCAGAGAGCGACAGGAAAGCGCAGACGUCGGCGGAGGAGCAGAAGCAGCAAAGCCAAGGCAAGGAAGCCGGUGAGAAGCAAACCGGCCAAGAAGGAAAGCAAAGUGGCGAGCAACAAGGCCAGCAAGGGCCCAAGAGGCCCGGUGCUCAGGGUCAAGGCCAGGGCCAAGGAGGCCAGGAGCCUCCCCAGAGUGGUCCUCUUGACGGCGGUCUCAUGAACUACGUUAUUGGUACCGCCGUUCUGUUCUGGACCUACAAGGUGCUGUUCCCCGGAAACGACUCCCGCGAGAUCACUUGGCAAGAGCUACGGAAGAACUUCCUGGAGAAGGGCCUGGUCGAGAAGCUCACGGUCAUCAAGGAUCGCGUAGUUGUGGAUCUCAACAAGGAGGCUACCAGGCAGAUGUACCCCGAGUCGGCCGCCACUGCCCCGGGCUUCCACUACUACUUCUCUAUCGGCUCUAUCGACGCGUUCGAGAGGAGAUUAGACGAGGCCCAGUCCGAGCUCGGAAUCCCGCCUGCUGAGAGGAUACCUGUCAGCUAUGCCAACGAGUUCAGCUGGGGUAACGUCAUCCUUGCCUUUGGCCCUACCCUGGUGCUCGUCGGUCUGCUUGCCUACAUCUCCAAAAGAGGUCCCGGUGGCGCUGGCGGCCCGGUGGCAUGUUCGGUAUCGGCAAGAGCAAGGCCAAGAUGUUCAACCACGAUUCCGCGGUCAAGGUCAAGUUCUCGGAUGUCGCUGGUAUGGAUGAGGCCAAGGUCGAGAUUAUGGAGUUCGUCCAGUUCCUCAAGGAGCCCGAGCGCUUCCAGAAGCUCGGUGCCAAGAUCCCCCCGUGGUGCCAUCCUCUCUGGUCCUCCCGGUACCGGUAAGACUCUGCUUGCCAAGGCGACUGCCGGUGAAUCCCAGGUUCCCUUCUUCAGCGUCAGUGGUUCCGAGUUCGUGGAGAUGUUCGUCGGUGUCGGUGCAUCCCGUGUCCGUGAUCUCUUCGCCACGGCGCGGAAGAACGCUCCCUGCAUUAUCUUCAUCGAUGAAAUCGAUGCCAUUGGUCGGUCUCGUUCCGACGGCGGCUUCAGGGGUGGAGGAAACGACGAGCGCGAGGCUACCCUUAACCAGAUUCUUACGGAGAUGGACGGUUUCAACACGACUGAACAGGUGGUCGUCCUUGCCGGUACCAACAGACCUGAUGUUCUCGACAAAGCUCUUAUGCGUCCCGGUCGCUUCGACAGGCACAUCAACAUUGACAGGCCUACGAUGAAGGGUCGUCAAGACAUCUUCAAGGUCCAUCUGGCCAAGAUUGUGACCAAGGAGGAUAUCGAGUACCUCACCGGUCGUCUCGCUGCCUUGACCCCUGGCUUCGCUGGUGCUGACAUUGCCAACGUCGUCAACGAGGCUGCCCUUGUCGCUGCCAGAGCGAGCGCGGAGACGGUCGCUAUGACCCACUUUGAGCAGGCUAUCGAGCGUGUCAUCGGCGGUCUGGAGCGCAAGUCUCUGGUUCUCAGUCCCGAGGAGAAGCGGACAGUUGCCUACCACGAGGCUGGCCACGCCAUUUGCGGCUGGUUCUUCCAGUGGGCCGAUCCUCUCCUCAAGGUCUCCAUUAUUCCCCGUGGCCAGGGCGCGCUCGGCUACGCCCAGUACCUGCCUUCCGGUGACGCCUACCUCAUGAACACCAAGCAGCUGAUGGACCGCAUGGCCAUGACUCUUGGUGGUCGUGUGUCCGAGGAGAUCCACUUCCCCGUCGUGACAACGGGCGCCAGCGACGACUUCAAGAAGGUCACUAAUAUGGCGCGGGCCAUGGUGACGCAGUGGGGCAUGUCGGAGAAGGUGGGCAUGCUGCACUUUGACGACAGCGCGGAGCGGUUCCAGAAGCCCUUCGCCGAGUCGACGGCGCAGGCAAUCGAUAACGAGGUGAAGCGCAUCGUCGACGAGGCUUACAAGCAGUGCAAGGACCUCUUGACGGCCAAGAAGAAGGAGGUCGGCAUGGUGGCCGAGGAGCUCCUCAGGAAGGAGGUCCUGUCGCGCGACGACCUCGUCCGCCUCCUCGGCCCCCGUGAGUGGCCCGACAAGGAGGAGUUCUCCAAGUACUUCAACGGCGAGCGCAAGGGCGCGCCACCACCGUUCCCUGUGGAGAAUACCGAUACUCCCGAGGAGUCGGGGCCGACACCGGCUAUGAAGGAGGGUGAAGCCGACAAGGCCGUGGGCAACAAGGAGGGUGAGAGCAAGGAGACAAUGUGA